AUUUGCAAUGGGUCUCUUGUAUCGAGAAGGGGUCAAUUAGUUCCUACCCUACGAUGGAACGCAGAAGGACUGGAACCGAUUGUACGAAAAGAAGCUUGCGAUAAAGAUAAAUUUCAAAACGAGUACAAAUCUUUGAAGAAGAAAAUUCGGUGCCAACCAAGAGAAACAGUAGUCGAACUCACUUUAAAUAACGCAAAUGUUAACGGAAGCGGUACAGAACUGAAUGGAUUGUCUAGCUCUAGAAUAAUACCGAAUGUGGUUGUUGUAAAAAGAUGUGGAGGCUUGUGCGGUGGUCGUAAAACAUGCCUUAGUUCAGAACAAAAAUACAAAACGUUCUACGUAAAAACCAUCAAAGACAACAGGGUGCACUGUUUGGGCGUACAAGUGGCUGAAGAUGUUAAAUGUCGUUGCGGGUGUGACAGGCGUGAGUCUCAAUGUACCCUGUACCAGACCUAUGACAAAAACAAUUGCACCUGUACUUGUAAAAAUAAGACUGAAAAAUUAAACUGCCUCAAGUACGGUGGAAGUAAUAAACACUGGGAUGAUAAGACGUGUUCGUGUUCCUGCAGGAAAAGUCAGCCUUGUACGACAGGGACUGUCUGGAGUACGGAAGAAUGCAGAUGCACUAAAGAAGAAAUGUUAAACAGGAUAUGGUGAUAAUUCCAAUCGUUAUCAAAUAGCUGGUCCAACGUCGUACGAGAAGAUAAUGGGACUUUACAAAUUAACUUAAGGACUAUUUAUUAUUUAUUUACUUCUUUUU